CUGGCCAACUUGAAUCCUAAAAAACACCACAAACAAGCCCAGCAUGAGUGAGCCACCAGCAAGCACGCCCGAGGUACCGGUGGACGCGAAUGGCCUACCAGAUACUCUCGGCAUAUCUAGACCAAGCGAUACAGAGGACGAAAAGCGCUAUGUAGAGCUCAUCGAGGGCGUUGUCCGCGGCACCAUAACGCCGUCUGCGGCUGCGAAAGAAAUGGACAAGAUUGUCCGAGAGUCCAACGACAGAGCCUACGGCAGAGACUUUGAGCGCAUCCACUUCAAGUACAUUGACCAUAGAGACGAAAGAGAGCUGGCGUCGGAUGCAAGCACCUGGCAGACCUGCCUCUGGUACUCGAUAGGCCGCGCAUCCAGCGUCAUCCCGGCGAACCACAGCGGCCAGGAGCUGCUCAUCCAAUUACUCGAAGACUUGACAUGUCUACCCAAGCACACAAUAGCGUAUUUCACGCUCAGUGAUGAGGAAAUAUACGAGGAAUUGUGGACGUUGAGCAGAGAGGACGGGUACAGACUAUUCCCCGAGUGUCUGACUGUGAUUCAUAACGAUUUGCUCGAUUUCCGCCGAAUAGACGACAUGGACCAGUCGCGCGUUGACCAAAAGGCCAGAGCAGCCUUUAUCAACUUUACAACGCUCAGCGCCAGACUAGUCGGCGCGCACCUCGUCAACGUCCUCAUUCUCUCGCCACUCACAUCCAAGAUCUUCUGGGACAAGCACCAGUCCGUCACGCCCGAAUACACUAGCGCCGUGUUAGCUGCUGCGCAGUGGAUUCUGCACGCGGGCAUCGACAUGCUGGAAAUGUGUCUGCGCAACGCACAAGACGGCCCGUUCACCUACAGCAUGGAGCACUGGGCGCGAUGGAGGAUCAUUUUUCUGGACAUUACGGCGCACAAUAGCGGCUUCAUCCCGGAGGCACGGAGGGCGGCUUCAGAGUCGCUGGAGAUUAUGACGGAGGCGGAGCUCGAUGCAGAGCGCGACGACUACGAAGAUGAACCGUCCAUUAUUGAUGCCUUUGGUUUGGAGACGAUUGACGACUAUACGCAUCAAGAAGAUGUGCUGGAGGCGGUAGAAGCGUUACGAGGGCUAGAGGUAUGAAGCACAGAGAGAGAGAAAGCUGGUAAAGAAGGAAAGGAUUUGUGUCCAAGUCAUCCUUGAGCUUUUUGUAUAUAUACACACGGACACACACUAUAUAUUGUCAUUUUGUCCAAACUUAUAUCUUUUUGGUUUAGAAAAUAAUAUCACCGCCUUGCCAUGCAGUCUGCGCAGGGGGGUAGCUGAAAUCGACGGGCAUCCCUUCCAUCGAGCUGGUUCCGUGUUCCGAGUCAAAGUCCGACGUGGUCAGCACGCCGUCUGGUGCGUACAUGGACGCAUCGUUUGAAAUGUACUGGCCGAGCGAGUCGAGAUCGCGCCAUGAGAAGCCAUUCAAGGCAUCGAGCUGCACGCCCAUAAUAUUCGUAUCCGUGCUCUGUGUUGUUGCUUGCGACGUGUUGUCGACGUCGGUAAUGUUGGUUUUCAGUUCAGUCUCAUGUUCUGAUUUGUGACCGCGCUUUCCGGGACGCUUGCGCCACAGUAGACGCAGCGAACGUGCAUAGCGAUGGCCAAUGCUUUGUGUGCUGCGAGACGUCUUUUGUAGUUGGUUGAUUGUGCCAAGAAUGGCUCGUCGCACACCCGAUAUUGAGUCGUUGUUGAUGGCACCUGCAAGCCAU